CUGUUUCACAAUCCAAUUAGCUGUGAGUUACACCGAUAAGAAAACUGGAUCAGAUCACACAGAGGCUUUUUGUGAGCACUUGUACAUCUGUUUGUUGGCCGGUAAACCAUUUGAAGCAUCCCCAGCACAGGUUCCAUUCAAGGCUUUUUACCAGGGAUCCACAAGGAAACAAUACAACUUCAAACAACAACAGAAAACCCGCGAUGGUGUUCACUGCAUACUUGCUGGCACUUGUCUUCAUCUGGACAGGUAUGGAAGCCAAAUUUGUUGUUCCACCAUGUGACCGGCACAUGUUUGAUAGUGGUGUCAGCUACUGCCUGUCAGACUUCAACAGGAGCAUGGAGACAAGCGGCUAUCAGGACUCGUGCCCAUGGCCUACUGUAAAACGCAUCUACAACCAACUGAAGGUUUGCAUGGACAAAUGGGCAAAUGUGUCUUGGUGUAGGGGUCAUGGAUUUCUGGUAGACCAGGUCUUCUUGGAGGUUCAUCAGAUUUACUUCAGGCUCUGUGGACAGGUCCAGGACCCCCCGCUCAUCACUCUCAUAAUGUUGAUAGCACCUGUUAUAAUUGCCACAUUCUUGAUGCCAGUUUUGUGCGUUAAUCUCACCACCUGGAAUACAGAGAUGCCCAGCAGUUUAGGGCUCUGAUGUGCUGAGCUGACAAAGGAAAACUGAAGUGUUAUUCAGCCUGGGACUUAAUCUGACAGUGGGUUAUGCUCGCUUUGCACUCUGAGGGUGCAGAGAUAACAAGC